CCCCCAUUUUGUCGACGGCAUGCGAAAACUGUUGAUAGCCUAACCAUCUCAAUCGCUCUCCCGCUCCCUGCAAUGGCGUCUCAUCAUGCAUCUCUUGGUCGUCGAACGUUGGAAGAAAUUCGUCAAAAGAGAGCGGCUCAGAAAUUAAGCAAAACAUCGUCCGGACCUGAUAUCACGAAGCCUCCAAGCCCUAAAGGGAUUUCGAAAUCAUCUAGUAGUACUGGAAUUUCAGAGUAUGAUAUUAGUGGAUUGGUAUCACAGUUACAAGAUUUGCAGAAAAGGAAUGUCAAAUUCGACAAAGAGAAUAAAAACUUGAGCUCACAGCUUCAUUCUAGAGAAAUUGAAAAUGACAUGCUUGUUAAGCGAGUGAAUGCUCUGGAACAAAAUACUGUGCCAUCAUUGAGAAAAGCUCUAAAGGAUGUUGCAAUGGAAAAAGAUGCAGCAGUUGUUGCACGGGAAGAUUUCUCAGCACAAGUUCGAUCACUCAAGAAGCGUCUAAAGGAAGCAGAAGAAGAACAAUACAGAGCUGAGGAAGAUGCAGCUGCAUUAAGAGCAGAGUUAAACUCCCUACAAAGACAAACCAUCAAUGGAAAUGUUGGUGCUGAUAUCUCAAUGGGAGGCUCACAAGAUCAGAUGCAAGCUAUUGAGAAGGAGCUUGCUGAGUUGAAGAUCCAGUUAGAGCAAGAAUCAAUGUUGAGGCGCCAAGAAGGAAUUUUGAGACGACAAGAGCAACAACAGUUAGCAGAGGAGAAACAUCGAAUAUCUGCCAUCAUUUCUGAAAAGAGGGAUUUGGAAGAAAAACUUUCAGCCAUGUCCAACAAGAUCUCAGGAGUUUCAGGAAAAGAGAUCCAAUUCAUAUUGGAAGACAAAGAGAGACUUGAGAAGCAAUUGCAUGAUAUGGCAGUAGCUAUUGAGAGGUUGGAAAACAGCAGACAGAAGCUACUAUUUGAGAUCGAUUCACAAUCUUGUGAAAUAGAAAAACUUUUCGAGGAGAAUUCUAACCUAUCUUCAGCUUAUCAAGAAUCAACAAAUGUAGUAGUACAAUGGGAAAACCAAGUUACAGAUUGUUUAAAACAAAAUGAGGAACUUCGUAUGAUGAUAGAUAGAUUAAGGAACGAACAAGUUACUAAUAAUAAACCAACUGCAAAUCAUCACGAGAAUAUUAUAUCAGAAUCCAAAGAAGGUGGGAAUGAGAUGGUUUCCCUAAAGGGUCAACUUGCUAAAGAACAGAGCAGGGGAGAGACACUCUCUGCUGAGGUCCUACACCUCUCUGCUAAACUCCAGCAACUCAUGCAAGCCUACAAUGGUCUCACCCGAACAUAUAAACCAGUGUUGAGGAAAAUCGAGACUAAUUUGCUGAAAAUGAAGCGAGAUGGUUCUGUGGCAGUGCAGUAAAACCGGAGCCAAAAGGGGUAAUUUCUUAUUUCAUGUUGAGAAUUUAUUUCUUCGUGAUAAUCUAAUUUCAUUAUAAAUUAAUCGUGUCAAGAAACUGUAUAUUUUACAAGAAUGUGGUG